GACAUGACAUAUUAUCAUUGGAUCGGUGUUUUCACGGUUAGUUCCUAUCAUCAGUUCGUCACCCAUUUGAACCUUGCUGGCAAGUCUAUUUGUCGUUUAAUUGGUCUUGGGGCGAUUGCUGCAUCAGCCAAAAAACUCUUUCCCAACAUCACCAGCAAGCAUGUAUAAAUUAGUUUUUGCUCAAUCACGCGUCAGAAAUGUAUAAAAUAGUUAGAUGAGGGACGUUUCUGCGCCAUUCUUGCCUACCCUUCUCGCUCAGUGAAGCACGAGCGAGGUCAGUAAUGGAGGCGGCGCUCCUCGCGGCCGCAGGCACCGGUAGGAAGGAUGGUGGUAGUGAGGAGAGCGGUGUGGUGUGCGAGGUGAAGAAGCAGUUGUACCUCGCCGGGCCGCUCGUGGUCGGGUUCCUCCUGCAGAACACGGUCCAGAUGGUGUCCGUCAUGUUCGUCGGCCACCUUGGGGAGCUCGCGCUGGCCAGCGCCUCCCUGGCCACCUCCUUCGCCGGCGUCACCGGCUUCAGCUUGCUGGCAGGCAUGGCGUGCAGCCUGGACACGCUGUGCGGGCAGGCCUUCGGUGCGCGGCAGCACCACCUGCUGGGCGUCCACAAGCAGCGGGCCAUGCUGGUGCUUGCUCUCGUGAGCGUCCCGGUGGCGCUGGUGUGGGCCUACACCGGCGACAUCCUGGCGUGGUGCGGGCAGGACCCGGAGAUCGCGGCGGGGGCCGGCAGCUACAUCCGGUGCCUGAUCCCGGCCAUGGUCGUGUACGGGGCGCUGCAGUGCCACGUCCGGUUCCUGCAGACGCAGAACCUGGUGGUGCCUGUGAUGCUGAGCUCCGGCGCCACCGCGCUGUGCCACCCGGCCGUCUGCUGGCUGCUGGUGCGCGGGCUCGGGCUGGGCUGCAACGGCGCCGCGCUGGCCAACGCCGUCUCCUACCUCGCCAACCUCUCCUUCUUGGCCGUCUAUGUCAGGGUGGCUCCGGCCUGCAAGGCCACCUGGACGGGCUUCUCGGCGGAGGCGUUCCGCGGCGUCCCCGAUUUCCUCAGGCUCGCCGUGCCGUCGGCUGUCAUGGUGUGCAUGGAGUGGUGGUCCUUCGAGCUCCUGGUGCUACUGUCCGGACUGCUCCCCAACCCCAAGCUGGAGACGGCCGUGCUGUCCAUCUGCUUGAACACUAGCUCAUUGGCGUUCAUGGCCCCUCUUGGACUUGGUGCUGCCAUAAGCACGCGUGUGUCGAACGAGCUUGGAGCAGGGCGGCCUCACGCAGCCCGACUGGCGGCCCGGGUGGUGGUGCUUCUGGCGCUCAUCGUGGGCACGUCGGAAGCUCUGGUCAUAGUGCUGGUACGCGACCUGUGGGGGUACGCGUACAGCAGCGAGGAGGAAGUGGCCAGGUACACCGCCAGGAUGAUGCCGGUCCUCGCCGUGUCCGUCAUGCUCGACGGCCAGCAGUGCGUGCUCUCAGGUGUAGUGAGGGGCUGUGGCCGCCAGAAGGCCGGCGCUUUCAUCAACCUUGCCGCCUACUACCUCGCCGGUAUCCCUGCCGCGCUCGCUUUCGCCUUCGUGCGCCGUCUCGCGGGAAUGGGCCUCUGGUUCGGGAUCUUGUGCGGCCUGGUGGUGCAGAUGCUCUCGCUGCUCUCCGUUACCUUAUGCACCGACUGGAACAAGGAAGCACUGAAGGCGAAGAACAGAGUCUUCAGUGUGGCUCUUCCUGCAGACAUGGAAACAUGAGAUUCUGUCUGGGAUUGCCAGACACCUGUUCAUGUUGCUGUGAAUUUCUCCAGCAGGCUCAACCGGAUUGAUCAUUAGUUAAUUGAUAAUUGAUCAGUGACUGUCUGUCUAUUCCGGAAGAAGGAUUAAACAUAGUUGGAUGAAGGAUAAAAUUUCUGAACGAGUCUAGUACCAGUUUGGAGUGCAGAUGGAUAUUUUCAUCGAAUGUGGCGUCGUAGGACACAUAAGCUUCUUCUCUCGAUCAUACAUCUAAAUUAAGCACUUGCUAUGCCCUUUAUAUAUAUAUAGAGUACUAUAAUAUCCGAGACAAUCCAUUGUUUUAAACAGAACUGAAGUUCAUGUGUGUUAUAUGGACGAAGAUUA